UGAGCUUGGCGUCCGCGCGGCUCCGGUGCCGGCUGCGCCGCGCCUUCCCCAGCGAGCUAGCGAGCUAGGGGGCCGCCGUGGUCCGCUCCCGCCGCCCGGCCGCUCCUUCCUCGGCCACCACCGCAGCCCCUGCCCCGCCGAGCCCCGCCGAACAGCGGCGGCUGCAGCGCGCAUUCGGGCUCUGGGGAAGUUGACCGAGGCGGCUGCCGCAGGAUCCCGGGUCCGGGGAUUGCACGAAGCCCGCGCGGCCGUCUCCUCCGCGCGCCACCCCUGCGCCUCCUGCGAGCUCCACUUCUCAUCUGCUAUUGUUUCCGAUUGUUCUCCGGUGGCGAGCCCGGCUCCGAAACUUACAAAGUGUUGGAUUUCCCCUGUUGGAACUGAGCGACUGCAGACCGCCUCUGGGUAGCUGGAUGAAGCCCACCCCGUCCCCUUCCGGAGUGCCCGUGCGCAGCGGAGAUGCCACCUUCCCCAAAGCUAUGGACAACGUGACGGUCCGGCAGGGGGAGAGCGCCACCCUCAGGUGCACUAUUGACAACCGGGUCACCCGGGUGGCCUGGCUAAACCGCAGCACCAUCCUCUAUGCUGGGAAUGACAAGUGGUGCCUGGAUCCUCGCGUGGUCCUCCUGAGCAACACCCAAACGCAGUACAGCAUCGAGAUCCAGAACGUGGAUGUGUAUGACGAGGGCCCUUACACCUGCUCGGUGCAGACAGACAACCACCCAAAGACCUCUAGGGUCCACCUCAUUGUGCAAGUAUCUCCCAAAAUUGUAGAGAUUUCUUCAGAUAUCUCCAUUAACGAAGGGAACAAUAUCAGCCUCACCUGCAUAGCAACUGGUAGACCAGAGCCUACGGUUACUUGGAGACACAUCUCCCCCAAAGCGGUUGGUUUUGUGAGUGAAGACGAAUACUUGGAAAUUCAGGGCAUCACCCGGGAGCAGUCAGGGGACUACGAGUGCAGUGCCUCCAAUGACGUGGCCGCGCCCGUGGUACGGAGGGUAAAGGUCACCGUGAACUAUCCACCAUACAUUUCAGAAGCUAAGGGUACAGGUGUCCCUGUGGGACAAAAGGGGACACUGCAGUGUGAAGCCUCAGCAGUCCCCUCAGCAGAAUUCCAGUGGUACAAGGAUGACAAAAGACUGAUUGAAGGAAAGAAAGGAGUGAAAGUGGAAAACAGACCUUUCCUCUCAAAGCUCAUCUUCUUCAAUGUCUCUGAACAUGACUAUGGGAACUACACUUGCGUGGCCUCCAACAAGCUGGGCCACACCAAUGCCAGCAUCAUGCUAUUUGGCCCGGGUGCCGUCAGCGAGGUGAGCAAUGGCACGUCGAGGAGGGCAGGCUGCGUCUGGCUGCUGCCUCUUCUGGUCUUGCACCUGCUUCUCAAAUUUUGAUGUGAGUGCUACUUCCCCACCCGGGAAAGGCUGCCGCCACAACCACCACCAACACAACAGCAAUGGCAACACCGACAGCAACCAAUCAGAUAUAUACAAAUGAAAUUAGAAGAAACACAGCCUCAUGGGACAGAAAUUUGAGGGAGGGGAACAAAGAAUACUUUGGGGGGAAAGAAGUUUUAAAAAAGAAAUUGAAAAUUGCCUUGCAGAUAUUUAGGUACAACUGAGUUUUCUUUCUUUUCCCAAACGGGAAGAACGCAGCACACCCAGCUUGGACCCACUGCAAGCUGCAUCGCGUGACCUCUCUGGUGCCAGUGUGGGCAACGGCUCAGCCGCUCUGCCCACAGAGUGCCCCCAUGUGGAACGUUCUGGAGCUGGCCAUCCCAAAUUCAAUCAGUCCAUUGAGACGAACAGAGUGAGACCUUCCGGCCCAAGUGUGGCGCUGCGGGCACUUUGGUAGACUGUGCCACCACGGUGUGUGUUGUGAAACGUGAAAUAAGAAAGACAGAGAAAGAAAGAAAAAGGAAACAAAAUAAGACCGUCUGACAGCAACAACAAUCCCACAAACAAUAGUCACAAAAGAUAUCGUUAAACUUUUUUUUUUUUUAUCAUUUUACUACAUGAACAUCAUGGAUAACAAGGGAUUCUGAUUCAUUAUUAAUUUUAUUAAUUAUAUUUUCUGAUAUGAGUCUAGAACUUACUGCAAAAACAAGACAAAACUAAAAAAAAAACAACUGAAAAGGGUGAAGAGAAGUACGUUUGUUAAACAGUAAAAAUGAAUAGUCUACUUCUUAACUAGGUUUACAACUGGUGGACCACACACCAGGCACCAAUCACCUGGUGAGGAUUUGGCAUAUCCACCAAAAAAUACAUCCGAUUUAACCAACAUCUCCACCAGCGCUACAGACUCCUCCCGAUUCUGGCAUCUCAUGCAGACAAUACUAUGCUCUCUACACACUCUUUAGAAAUGGAAAGGUGAUCUGCACUGUAUCUUGGGUUUGUUGGCUAUGCUUCUUUUGAUGACAUAUAUUAUACAGUAUAUAUAUACAUAUAUUUUUUUUGUUAGAGUUCUAGCCAUUUUAUUUCUCUGCAGGGUCCUUUCUCAGACAUUACUGCAUGCUGUAUAUGGCGUUAGCUGUGUGUUGAUCUUCUAAAAGAUGAUAGAGUUUACUGGUAAUUGUGUAAUCAGCUCCUGCCUUUUUAUUUUCUUGGGUUAUUUACAUGUCAGAGACAUUUAUAAAAAGUGAAAAGAUAAAAAAAAAAAAAAAACAA